AUGGUUCUAAUAAUCUCUGUGCUAACACUGGCCAGGGACAUUACCACAGAGCCCAACUGCGGCAGGGCCACCGACCCAAACUUGAACUUGGGCAGUAGCCCUGGCCCCGACAACACCAUGGCCCCGGGUGACAGCGCAUGCCUCUCAGAUCGGGAUGUCCCGGGUGCCAUCAGCCUACAAAUAUAUGCUGAGGUCUCAGAGAGCCGGGUGAUGUGGAUCCUGCGCUUGCACCACACAGUUAUAUAUAUCUUCUAUGGGAUUCUGGGUGUGACCAGAAUCUUAAGCACUACCAUUAGAUGGCUUCCAGUCUCCUUAACCAAGCUGGCAUUGUCAAAUGCCUUCCUUGUACAAACUUUCAUCAUGUACAACCACACUCAUGGCCGAGUCACAGUGGAUGUUUUUUUGCACAAGAUACUGGCUCUUGCCACCUUCUUAUCAGGCCUGGUUUCCUUCAUGGAGGUCCUCACAAAGAAUAAUAUAACCCUGGAGCUGCUGCGGUCAAGUCUCAUUAUGCUCCAAGGGACUUGGUUAUGGCAGAUGGGUUUUGUUCUCUAUAACCCGACUGGAGGUGUUGCCUGGGAUCUGACAGAUCAUCACAACACUAUGCUUCUUACCAUAUACUUUUGUUUCCAUUGUGCGUUUGCCUAUAUCAUCAUUGGAGUGAAUUAUGCUGCUGUCACUUGGUUGGUGAAGUGGAGACUUAGGAAGUUCUGCUUCACACAAGUUCCACUCCUGAAAAAUGUCGGGCAAGAGGAAGAAUCAGAAGAGAUGUGA